AUGGCACCCGGGGACUCGUUGACGCCAGAGAAAAGUAUCAUCGUGAAAGGAUGGGAGAAACUGGACGACGAUGUUAUCAUCAAGGAGGUGUCUACCAAGGGCAAACACGUCAACCUUUGCAUCCAGUAUCUGGCAGAGCGAAACGAGCUGUCGAUGACGGAAGCGAAAAAUUAUUUCCUUCAGAAGGUUAAUGCGUACGUCUAUCGCUUACUGUCGAGUCGACAACUUCACAAAGCUCACCACAUCCUAAAGAACAUCGAACGCGUGCCAAAGUACGUGUUCUACCAGAUCGCCGCCGAGACAACCGAUACGGGACUCCGGGACUACAUACGGGAACAUCUGACGCGGACAGUCGAAAGCUAUACCGACGGCGAGGAGCAACGGAUCGCGGCCAGCUGGCGGGUGUACACGCAGCUCAAAGCAAACGUACGCCAGAUGGCCGAGGUGCUAAACGAAGUGACCAACGGAUAUACGGUACUCGAGAUCGAAACGAUGUCAUUUAACACGUUCUGCAUGAAGGAGGAUGUCUACCGGAAUUCGGUUGCUGUGGAUUUAUUCUUCAAAAAUCAAGAAACGGAAAUUUCCCCAAUCCUUGAUCGUUACACCGUAUGGAGCUAUCUGCUGAAGAACAACAUCGCGAAUCUCGUUAAAAUAUGGAUCCAACUGAACAGUAGCCUACGCCGCUGCUUCCAACAGGGAGUCGAUCCUACGCCACAUCUGCUGCGCAUCAAAAUCGAUAUCUACGAUGAUCCUCGGUUUAACGAGCGCCUGCGACAGCUAUUUCAGCGCUGGGAGAUCGACGAUUUUAUGCUCUCACAGUUGUCCCACCACAGGACCCUUUCGCGCAGCGAAAUCCUGCUGAACGAGCUAGCCCGCCUCGGCAAGUUUCUCGACCACGAACGCCAGGAUGCGGUGGCGAUUUUGCGACGACUUUUCACCACCGAAAGCUACAAGCACAACCGCGAUUGGACCGAGGCACGCUGGUUUCGCGAGCAGAUAACACGCAGGCUGGUGGAGAAUCGGUUUUUCCCGCUGCUCGGAUUGUCCAUCGUGAGUCAAGAGGUGCUGGAGCAACUGGCAAACGACCCGGCCGGCCAGCAUCGGGACGAGGUGAACGUGUUUCUUCAGUUGCAAAAAUUACAAGACCCCACGAUCAAUGCGAAACAACUGCUAGAGGUGUCUCGUACCACAUCCAAUUACAUCCUUACGCACAACAGGGCGUUUUAUGAGGAGAAUCCUAUUGUGUAUCUGUUCGAGUAUGGUCUCGACGAGGGAAACACUCGAUUUGAUGAAAGCAAUCCGUUGCUGGCGAAGCUGCCACAUUUGAACAAUUUCAUCAAACGGAACAAACAAACGCAGCCGCAACACGAUGUCAUGGUGAAAAAGCUUCUCGCUAUCGCUGGUAUUCCUGAUGCGGGGAAAAUUCAGCAGUUUCUCUUCUACGGCACACGAACUGACGCCAACGGUGCGGUCGAAGAGGAAGACGAACGUGCGGCUCGAAUGGAGCUGCUCGAACAGUACGGCACCAUUCCACACUUCAACCAUCCCCUGCUGGUGGAAAAGUACGGCCAGCCGGUUACCCUGCGCUACACGCACUACAUCGGGCUCCAUCGGGCCUGCUACGCGGUGUACGAAUUCUACCGGGAGCAACUACAGAAUUAUUCGCAAAUUUCCAGCCGCCAAAUAAACAGCGCCGCACAAACGGUGGCCCAGAUGGCAAUCGGAAAGUACUGGGACCAGGAGCUAGUGUCACAUGCGGUUGCUUUCAUGGAAAUGAUCGGUGUGAGCAGUGUUCCCACGAGGGGCUAUCUACGCUGCCUCUCGCUGGUCGACCGGCCGGAACAGGUUGGCCCCGGCUCCGGGCUACAGAAGCUAAGCAUAUCCGGACUACUGCAUCGAUGUGAGCAAGCGAUAGCCGACAAACCGGUCGACGAUCCGGAGCUGCUGAUAGAUCUAGAAGCGAUGACGCUGGUUGCCCGAACGAACGGACUUCCCUACCCGGAAGCUUACCUGAGGGAGCGGCUUCUAGCGCACGAUGACUGGUAUCGCUUUUUGCUGCUUGUCGACUAUCUCAACUACCCGCAGGAGCAGGUGGUGGAACUGUGUCGGACUGGAUUCCACACAGCACGGAUCGGGAAAAAUCUUAUGGUGGCUCUGCUUUACCAAUCGAAGGACGGUGACAGUGUCCGGGACGUACCGCUGAUUUCUAGCUCGGUUGGAUCCAUUAAAAGACGUUCUAGUUUGACACCACGACGCAGGCGAAGGGCUAGCAGCACGACGGCCGAUUCGAGCGGGCACUCGAGUGUGUCAAGCGAAGGAGAUGUCAUUUCGAGCGGAGGUCGCACGAGCGGUGUCACCGGUUCCACACCACCGACACUAGGCGCCGCCUCCGUUGACGAGAACUCGUGCUACGAUGGCGCCUGCUUCCUAUCGGAGCGUUACGACACGGAUCUCGUUUCAACGGUGCUGCUGUGCUCGAACGAACCCAAUUCCGCACCACCACCAUCACCGCCAUCGGGUUCGAUCACGUCGUCCCAGUUCGAAUCCUUUGCCCGCCUCAUCGUCACGGCAGGGAAAUCUGGAAGUCACCGGGCGCAGCGCUAUCCGCAAACGUAUCUGAAUCUGCUCGACCGUUCGAUACGCUCGCGAUGGCCACUGUUGGCACUGCUCGCCGGCGAAGUGUGCCCGCCGGAAUGCAGACGACAUUGCUGGAUCGUUUGGGCCAUGCUGGCUGGGGAUUAUCCGUUUCAAGAGCUGCUAGCCACAGGCGAAUGGGGUGGAUCAGUUUUUGUGAGCGGUCUGGUGGAGCAUCUGGUUCGAACUGGUCGCAUCUGUACGCUCGCGAGCUCGUUAGCAAUAUUCUAUCCCCGGUCCAACUGGCACUAUCUGGCGAGUUUCCUCAGCGUCACUGAAGACGUGCUGUUCGAUCCGGAUCGUGCCUCCGAUUUGCUCACCACUUUCCUCGUCAGUUCGUCCACCGGCGAGGAAUGUUUCUUGCUAGGCAUUCCGAAGUACGUGAUGUUUAACUUCAGUGCCCGUCUGUUGAUGAUCCAUCUGAGUAACCGCGCGUCCCUGCACCAUCAGCUGCUGCUCCUACGGGUGUACGUACGCUGUGACUUUCGGUGUUUCCUGAUCGCCGAGGUUGACUUCGGCCGGAUGCUGCGUAUUUGCGAAAUCGUGCGCCACUGUCAAUCGAUCACGAUCGACUUUUACGCCCUGUACGAGCGUUCGUGUGCCGGGAAGGAACAGGAGAGCGAAUUCUACGAGGCACUCUGCGAGCGGUUGGUGAAGAAGAAGUACCACGAGGCAGCGAUCGCUGUGGCGGAUGAAGCGUCCCUUCCGCGAGAGAGUAUUAUAUUCGAGCACUGGGUAAGUGCGUUCGAGGCGACCGGAUCGGUGGGCGACUUUGAGCGUUACCGGGUGGAUAGCGAACGAUAUGGGCUGGGACCGGAACUACGCAUCAGUUUCUUCACUCACAUCGCUAACCGGCUGGAGUAUGGCGAUCGGCAGCGCUACGAGCUGCUCAAGUGCGCCCUAGAGCUGAUUCGCGAGCAUGGUCUCUAUCCGAGCGAAACAUUCGACCGCGAUCGGCUUGAGUACGAGCUUGCCCUCAGCUACGUACGCUGCACCAACGAGGACACGCUCGAGCUCUACCGGUCGCAGUACUGGUGCAACAGGCGCCAGCAAUCCGACGCAUCCCAACAGGCCGGCCAAUCGACGGCCAUCCUUUACCACACCUUUCUCGAGCUGAAGGAAGUUGCCGGUAUCGACGAUCUGACCCUCUCGAAUCUGCCACUUGCACAACCGGAGGAACGGCUUCGGCUCGACGCCCUCAUCAACCGGCUGCUCGACUGCGGGGACAUUGUACAGGCCCUACGCUACCAGGCGAUCUUCGAGCAGCGGCCCAUCGAUCUGCACUUUAUCGUGUUCUGUAUGGCGCUUGCCGAGGGACUGGUUAGCUUCUACAACCUCUCGAAGGAGGAACGAAUGCUGCUGAACGAAGACCGAGCACGAUCGGCGGGUCGGUUUCAGCGACGCACACUUUCACGUAUUAGCCGCGUCAGUCAAAGCUCGACGACGGGCAGGAUAGACGGCUCGCCGAUGAAGAGCAGUGGCGGUGCGACGCAGCUAGACUCGUCCGACACGAGCACGGCGGGAAUGUCGGACUUUGAGGAGGUUCCAUCGCGCGAUCGACAGGAUAUUUUCGAAGCAAUAAGCGGACUUGGAAACCGUAUCACACACGGCCAGGAUCUUGCUCAACGUGUCAUCCUCACGUACCGCGUUGCCAUGUACCUCGAUCGCGACUACAACGAACUGCUCAAACUACGCGAUCCGCUUGCCUUUCUUCCCGAGAUCGUGCGGGAAGACUGCGUCCACAAGCUGGAGGUGAUCAGCGAUAUCAUGACCGCCACCCGGAUGAGCGUGGAGAGUUUCACCGAUUUUCUUGCAUCGGAAAUCGUCUCGUCCGUGGUUCGGUCCAAGUUUUACCUCUUCCAACAGCAAAACUCUCAACAGCAGCAACAGCAGCAACAACAGUCGGGCAUGAAAACGGAUGAGCUGCUGUGGGGCUACAAUAUCGACCGGGAGUUCCAUCUGUUUCUCGAGCUUGCGCCCAACACGACCGCGCUCGGAAAUGUACUGCUGCGGUACUGUAACGCCCUCCGGUUGUAUCGCAAGCGUGAACGAAAGGACACGAAUCAGAGCGUUCAGGAUGCGCUAGAGUCGUUCGAGACGAUUCCAGCGCUGCGCAAUGCAAACGACGUCGUUGUACUCGUUGAUCGACUCGAUGAGAUCCUGCAGCGGCAGGUGCUUUCGCUCAAGAAACAGAACACGAUCAUCGUGGCGCUGUUGGUGAAAGCGCACGAUUGUUUCGUGCACGAGUGUUCGAUGGAGGGCAUUAUGGAGGUGUUGGCAUGCUGCAAAGCUCUCACCGCAAUCCUAACGGCGGCGAAAUCGUGGAACCUGAUCGUGCGACUGCUGGUUGGUAUUGGCCGGUACCGCGAUAUGUACUACUGCUUCGAAACGCUCAUCAAGCACGAACAGUUCGAGUCACUGCUCGGUCAGUUCGAUGAUCGCGCGGCAAACGGAAGGCGCCUGCAGUCGGCCAUUAUCGCCUACCUGAACGAGCACUGGCCCGAGCGAAAGGAUUACUUCCGCCUGGCCGCGUUACACUUCCGCAUGCAUAAAGAGAUCGCGGAGCUGUGGGAAACGGAAGCGAAAGCUACGAUCCAUGCGAUCCUCGAGACGUACGAGGUGACACUGAUGGUUCCGCUGCGAGGAAUGUCGAUAGGCAGUGGCCAGCAGACACCGAUACCUAGCAUUGUGUACUGUCAGCAGCUGCAAGCAACAUCGCUGGUGCAGACGGAACUUACGAGAGCCAUGGAUGCCUAUACACAUGCCGCGGAAACCUAUCUGCUCGAUAACAACCUCACACUAGCCCAGCGAGCGGCGGCCAACGCGGAACUGGUAGCGCUACAGAUCUGUCUCGUUCGUCAAGCCAUUGCCGCGGAACGAGGAACGACGGGGGCAGGUGGGAACAGUGGUUCUCCCUCAGUCAAGCGAACCGAUCGAUCGUCAACCACGUCCGCGACUUCCACGGAACCAACGUGCUUCUGCACGUCGGUGCUUAACAUCCGCUCCGCAGAAACCGACGGGCGGCGUGUAACGGUGGGACCGGAAAUUACCGGCACCAAUGGGGCCACCGGAACGCUCCUGUACUACAUCAACUUCCUGCUAACCGUCCCUCAGACGCUUAUCGUUGCACGCGCCUACAGUAUCGAGGUGAACUGGGCCGGCGCGAUCUAUCAGCACUACGUCCUACGCGGGGAAACUUCCUACCUGGAGGACUUUCUCGAGCGAAUGCCGGUGACGGAUGCCAUGAUUGAGACGCUGGUGAAAAUCUUCCAACUAGAGCCGCACAUUACACCGCAGAUGGAACAGGCGAUCGAACGGUUCAUCGGACGCAUCCAGUCGGUAACGCUCAAAUAUCGGCUCGCGUCGCUAGUCGGACUCCGCAAGACGAUCCACGGUCUCAUCAACGGUGGGGCGGUCUACUACCUGAAGGAUACGAACUAUGGCAAGAGUGAAACAGAGCAGAGCGUAGGAGGAGGAACAGGAGGAGGAGCUGGCUGUGUCACAGGCAACACCGGCAGUAGCGCAGGAGUAGGUGGCGGUUGUGUCAGUAUGACGAGUAGUAUGAUAGGAAGUAGUAGCAUCGCUAGUAACACCAGCCCAUCGGUGAACACCAUGUCCAGUUCGUGAUGAAGGGAAAGUGGUGAUGCACGAAUGCAUCUUUCUUGUGAUUAUUUUACACACGGGACUUUUCGCCCGGGGGGUGUGAUGACAAAUGCAUUGUAUUUAUUUUCUCCCUUCCCAACGAUUUCAACAUGGCAAUAAAUUUCCUCCCUAUUUGACCAUUAUUACCCCAUGUUGUGUAGUCUUUUGGAUUCCAAAUGUCCUUAUGGCGAAGGCAUUAAGGCCACAGCCAUAAGCAGAAAGCAUUAAUUUCUCACAGGUCCUUGAUGAAUCUGUAUAUAUAUCUGUAACUUCUCUUUUCUCUACUCUAGAAUGUAUAAUUGCCAACCUGAUCAUGAUCCUUUUUGUGAUAACAAGUCGGACAUCGGACUCACCCUACUUACCGUAAUUAAAUUUAUCCAUUCCAUUCAAAUACCCUAAUCAGGGGUUCCAUUCGACAAUCCAAAACCACCCACUGGUCUUCUGUUUGUAAUCAAUUGUUUGUAUUUCACUUUUGCUAUACAUAUCUUGCGUAGUUUUCCACAUUCUGCUCCCUUUCUCUCUCCGGGUUU